AUGAGGGAGCACAGCUCGCCUUCGGCCAAGUCAUGCAGGUCGGUGCGAUCGACAGCGUCGUCGCCUGGGCGACGACCCGACUUGCUCCGUAUGGUGCAACAGCCCGCCGCAUUGUCGUACGCUGCGACGCCUGCCGUAGCGCAGGCCGCUACGGAUCUGGGCCCACGCUCUGAUACCAUCUCGCAUACGUCUGCUGCGCAGUACACAUCGUCGCAGGCAGAACGAUCACUUCAAGCCUCUUUGCAGCACGACAUGCGGCACAAAUGGCAGCCGCCCGACGAGUUGGAACCCAUGCCGGCGGCCCAUGUCAUGCCGGAAUCCAAAGAGGUGCGCCACGUCUGCUUUGAUGAACGAGCGCUAUGUCGACAGCAGGCGCAGCGUAAAUGGCACUAUGAGGCACGUAUAGCCAAACGCCCAAGUGCUCAGUCGCAUACCCAAAAACGCCAUCAUAUGGAUGUGUUUAUCCAGCAGCUCCAGUCACAAAUCGAGUGUGCUAGCUCAUUGUGGUCGAGUUUCCUUCCUCAGGAAGCUGCGCCGAACCAGUCGCGCAUGGCCAGGGCAGCAGUCGCCAUGCCGCAGCCGCCACCCCGUACGUGGAGCGGCGCGCCAUCGUGGCGAUGGGUGUGGCAUGUAUCGAUGGAGCUUCAUGCGCCGUUGCUGACGCCUUCCUUGCAUUUGCGCCGUGGUGUGAGUGGACAACUUCGAGGUCGCGCCAGUUCCAUUGUGGCGUGUGCGCUUCGCUCGCAAGUGGAUCGUGACGCGAGCCCGCAUGCCAAUGUCAUACUGCGGUGGUAUCCCUCGUAUGUGCUGCGGGCCAUGCUGCGUCUGCUUUCCUAUACCCCAUCGGACGACCGCCUACUUUGGGCUGUUUCGCAACCGCGCAGAAUAUCCUACGUCGUCCCUUUGACCUCGUCUUUUUCGACCUUGCUUCCGCCGCUGACUGAAGCCAUGGUCACGACAUGCCUCGAAUUGGCUCUGGUAUUCACACAGCUGUACUUGACUAUACUGCUAGCUAUCGUACAGCGAUGGCUCUCAAUCUUCCAUUUCUUCCUCCAGUGA